CUCUUUGUUACCCUCUCUCUCUCUCUCUCUCUGGAGAUGGAGCCUCCGAAAGCUGUAGCUGCUUCUUCACCACCUCAGUCCGACGGUCAGCUCGUUCCACAUUCAGACGUUGAAUCUAAGCUCUCCUCCCUCGUCUAUGAUCUCUCACAGCAGGUGCAAGUCACAAUGGAGAAUAUGCUUAAGAUGAUAACUGAAAUUGAUCAAAACUCUGCCGAAAUUAUGGAAGAUGUAGAGAAAUGCAAAGACUCUGCUCUUGAGAGGAAGAAAACUUUAGAGGUAGAAAAGGAGCGAUUUCAAAAAGCUGCUUACACUGUUUUGGACAUGCUGAACAACAGGGAGACCAGUUGA